AUGGGUAAAAAGAAGGAUUUCCACCUUAAACUUAUUGAACAUGUUUAUGAUAAUAUUCCAGCUUUUACAGACAUAUUUACUGAAGAUACAUUUUAUAUAUUUGCAGUAACAGUUGUAAUCAGUACUAUUAUCGUAGUGUUCAUUGUUUCUAGAUUUGUUACUUUGAAAGAAGUUGAUAUAUAAUUUUUAUUAUUUAGAUUUUGUUUGAAUGAAAGGUGUAUGAAAUAAAUAAAUGUUUAAUAUUGA